AUGGCCGCGCCCUCGUCUUGCUGCGCCGCGACCGCGUCCACCAGCGCUCCGCUUCGCCCCGCGCGCGUCAAGCGCGCGCCUUGGGUACCCGGUGCCAGCCGGAGUAGCUCCAGGCGGCGGCGGCAGGAGCGGGAGCUGUCCAUCCGCGCCACGGCCGCGGCGCCGCCGCCUCCCGUGGACUACGCGGACGCCGGCGCCGGCUCCGGCGCCGACUACGUGGCCUCGCUCAAGAUCAAGCUGCUGAGCGCGGUGUCCGGGCUGAACCGCGGCCUGGCGGCGAGCCAGGAGGACCUGGACCGCGCGGACGCGGCGGCGCGGGAGCUCGAGUCCGCGGCGGGCGGACCCGUCGACCUGAACAGGGACCUCGACAAGCUGCAGGGCCGGUGGCGGCUGCUGUACAGCAGCGCGUUCUCGUCGCGGACGCUCGGCGGCAGCCGGCCCGGCCCGCCCACGGGCCGCCUCCUCCCCAUCACGCUCGGCCAGGUGUUCCAGCGGAUCGACGUGGUGAGCUGCGACUUCGACAACAUCGUGGAGCUGGAGCUCGGCGCGCCAUGGCCGCUGCCGCCGCUCGAGGCCACGGCCACGCUGGCGCACAAGUUCGAGAUCAUCGGGACCUCGGGCGUGAAGAUCACGUUCGAGAAGACGACGGUGAAGACGAGGGGCAGCCUGUCGCAGCUGCCGCCGCUGGAGGUGCCCCGCAUCCCGGACAACCUCCGGCCGCCGUCGUCCAACACCGGGAGCGGCGAGUUCGAGGUGACCUACCUCGACGACGACACGCGCGUCACCCGCGGGGACAGGGGGGAGCUCAGGGUGUUCGUCAUCGCGUGA